AUGUCGGCAUCAAAAACCUUUCGUGCCGAAUUCCAAAAGCCAUACCCUGGCCUGAAGGGUCCUGGUGCGAAUGAAGCCGUCGAUGCACUCUUUGAGAAGGUCACCAAGGCCAAGAAGCAAUAUGGGGAGCCCAAUGAAGAAGAUUACGAGAUUGCAAACGAACCACUUUGGCACCUUCAGGGCCGCCUCAUUAUCAGCCAAGAUCUUACUCUGAAGCGCGUACUCGAAGCAAGAAUCCGACUUACUAUCCAAGCAAGCCUCACCACCCAUUGUCUGACGGCCUUUCCAUACGAAGAGGCGCUCGAGGAGGCUGAGAACAUGGAGCUGUCUGGCGACGAUGAUACGGCCAAAUCUGUGCUCGACUGCUAUCCGCUGUACGGCCUUGUCUUCAGCGUCAAGGAUUGCGUCCACGUUUAUGGGCUUCCGACUACCCUGGGUUGUUCAUCUAGGGCAACACAGGAAGAAGCUGCUAGUGCCGAGCUGGUCCAGAAGAUGCAAGACAUGGGGGCAAUGUUGAUUGCGAAAACUACGGCACCUCAGUUGAUCAUGUCGAACACCACACACUCUCCUCUCUGGGGCACUACGCACUCUCCCAUCCAGACUGCCGAAGGAGAUGAAAAGCAGAGCAACAAGUUUCAGGUCGGCGGCAGCUCCGGUGGUGAAGCCGCCUUAGUCAAGAUGGGCGGAAGCCAGAUCGGUAUUGGCACCGAUAUGGGUGGAUCAGUGCGACAACCAGCCUGCCUGAACGAAUUGUUCGGGUACAAGUAUGUCUCGAAACCUCAGGAUUUCCGCUGGAAGCUGCCGAAAGACUUUAUGACUGGUCUUCCCCAUACUUCGGUGCCCGCAAUAGCACCAGGUCUGCUGUCAAGGUGCAUGCCGACUUUGGAGCUGGUGGCGAGAGUAAUUGGCGGUGGCGAAGCUCAGGACUUUGACAAAGAAAACAAGUGGAUGGAUGAAGUGGAUGAAGACGAGCUAGAAGAGCUCGAAGCAAAGGAGCAUAACAAUCCUCGUAUCGUCUACACAACGCAGAAAAGCUCGCCCGAAGUAAGCGAGCUCAUCCAAUGGCUAGUCAAGUCAUUGAAGGAUAGGGAUAUGUACACUUGUCCAGAGCAGUGCGACGCUCUCGGCGACAUCGAUCUAGCAGCCUGGGCCACAGCAUGGACCGAACACGCCAAGGAACAUGGCUUUGACGAAGCACGCGAAAUGCUUGGCGACGAUCCACUUAUGACCCGCACCCUCUUCGACGAAUCUCGCCUAUCCUCUGUCGCUUCCGACUCGGACAAAAAGUCAUGGAAACCCGACAGCGAGCGUCUGGCCAAACUGGAAGAAAGAUUCAUCAAACAAGCCGGCAUCACCGACGAAAUAGUCGAAGAGCCCGAAAACGUCAUGUUCAUCACCCCAACCUACAUCCUGGGUGGGGCGGUUCAAAACGAAGCUUUUGUCCAACUGGACGAUGCAGGAGAGAGCGAAAUCUGGUGUCAAAUCUUCAACCUGCUCGAUUGGCCCGCCAUCUCGAUCCCCUUUGCGCAUCUGCCUAGCAAGGUGAGAGAAGAGUUGAGGAACAAAGCAGAAUCGGAUCCCAAAUGGGCAAAACAUUUGCCUGGAAAGGUGAAAGGGGAUGUCAUCUGGUCCAAAACAUCAGACGACGAGGUGGACAGACUUGCACAUUUGAGUUUGCAGCUUGCUACGCUUCCCGGUAAGCACGCUUCGUUGCUCGAUUAUGCUCGUCGUAUUACUGAGCCUCAGAGAUGA